UAAUUCACAAAGUUGGCAACUUUGUCUCCUGUGUCCGCGUAAACUCGGAAAACUCUUGGUAAAAUACAAGAAUGUGUAGAAAAUAUGCCAAUCGGAGAAUUUAGAUUAUGUGCAUCUCUUAAUUGUCGUGAAUAAAUUUCCAAUUAAGAAUUUCAUAACGUUUACGUCAACCUCAGAUGCCUUACAAUGUCGAGUCCAUAUGCUAGUAGUGGUAACAGUGGGCACAACGAUUUCGCUAAUCCUCGAUUGGAGUCGCACAUGACCUUUGUGUGCCCUGAAUGUGGAGUUGAAUUCGAAUCGCAACAGGAUUGGCGUCGCCAUUUAAAUGAGGAACAUGACUACAUACAUAAAACGCCAGCAGAUUUUGACUUUAAAGAGAUCAGUGAGAGCUUCCAUGAAUGUCAAGUAUGUCAUAAAUGGGUGGCUAAUGCCAAUCAGGCCAUUGCACUACUCCAAUAUCAUCGUUUUUUACACUUGCCAUUUAACCGAACCUAUCGUUGUCGCCACUGCAAAGGCGGAUUUACUCGGAAACGUGCACUCUGCGAACACCUCUAUCGAUUCCACAGCCGGCAAAUUAUUAUGGCAGAAAAAAUGCGACAAGUCGAAAGUGAGACCACCACCAAUGCAAUCCCAACGGCGGAACAGAAACUACUUCGCGAUCCACGUCUAAAUCCUGAAUUUUACUUACGUUUUAUUUGCCCGCAAUGCGGGAAGACUGUGGAGAGGUUCGAACAGUGGCUCAAGCAUUUGAACUCGCAUCAGUCCACUUCUAAUGAUUUGCGAAUGCAUCGCAUCUCGGGUUCCCGCAACCAUUACUGUUUGCAAUGCCGCAAACUUUUGUAUACCAAUGAACAUCCAAAAUUGCAGCGACAUCGCUUCACACAUCUGCCCUUCCGUUUAUACUUUAAAUGCGCCUUCUGUAUGGUAAAGAAGUCUUUCAAAUCGGAAAUAUUUCGACAUUUCAUUUAUGCACAUCCGCGACAUUUCAACGAAGCCAAGCCAUUUGUAAGGAAACCUAUAGAGUGGGGAGCAAAGAUAAAUGAUCGUCUGAACACUGAGCUGGAUGCAAUAUUGAGACGGUAUAGAGUAACGGAUAGCAGCGAGGAGAUGGAUGCAACCAACGACAAUAAGCGCGGGAGACCACUGAAGAAGCAAACAUAUGCCAGUGAAAAGGCUCGACUCGCUGCUAAGCAACAAGAGCAGAGAAGUAGUGGAUUGCCCACUACUGUAAACCGACGAAGUAAUGUCCGGAUCAUUAAAGACUACAAUAUGAUAGAUAAAAAAUAUGUUGCUACUCCCACUGAGUCAGCCACAGAAGACGACUUUGAAGAAUUAUGCGCUGACGUAUUCGAGUCAAUUGAAGAGGAAUCACAACCAUACCCUUCUAAACUAAACAUCGAUAGCAGAUCUAAAGUUAAAGGUGAAAAUUUGAAACAAGAAAAUACAGUUGACGAAGAGCAAGUAAUAUGCAUUGAAAUAAAUACAGUGGACGAGAAUAAUGAAACAUUAGCGCAGCACAACUUUGUUAGAACGCCGCCACGAAAACGUUUAAAAUUAAGCGAGUCGGAAACAUCGUCAAAGCUUACAAAAUUACCUCCCACAGCCAACAUGGAGGACAAAAUGUCCAAGCUCCCUGUAAUCGAUAAAUCCAGCAAGAAAGCACUACUGGAAGCGUACAUUCGCUAUCUCUGUCCUGAAUGUGGCUGUGAAUUCAAUGAGCAAUCUAGUUGGCGCACGCAUGUUUUCAACGAGCACAACAUUGAAAAUGCAAUUCAAACGAAUUUUCAAUUGCUAGAAAAUCAACAGUCCUAUCUUUGUCUCGACUGCAUGGAUGUGCAGCACACCUCCAAGUACGCCGAACUCCAGCGUCAUCGCUUCAUGCAUAUGCCAUUCCAAGCUUAUUUAAAAUGCAAACUUUGCUCGAAAACAAAAUCCAGUAAACCGAAAAUGAUGCAUCAUCUACAAGAAUGUCAUGAUUAUAAAGAUAAUAUGCCUAGCAAACACAGUACUUUCGAUAAUACCGAGUUCACGGCAGAGCUCUAUGCGUGCGAAGAUUGCAGAAAGUAUUUCACGACAAAAGAAAAAUUGCGUUUACAUCGUGCGCAGGCGUGUAGCGUGCGUCCGAAUGGGCUACGAAGUGGGGGCACAUAUAACAAUAUUAGCAAUAACAAUGCCAGUAAUAACACGAAUGCUACCAUCGCAAAUAAUAUGAAAUUGCUGGUACAUUUGAAGCAGGCUCACGCACGAAUGAAACGUAUGAUAAAGUGCGAAACAUUUUAAGUUUUGAAAGUCGAAUAGCCCAGGCAUAUAUAUUUAUGUAGAUACUUUGCUUAAGAAUUUAGCAUGUACAUAUGUAUUUUGAAAAUUAAGAAUUCUCAAAUAAAUUACUUUUUUCUUAAUAAAACAGA